AUGCUGUCGACCUGUGAAGGUGUAUCGGUCGCAGAAGGUCAGGAGCCGGCGGGGUCAGCGAGACAAAGCAGCGGGCACAGGGGCGACCAAAGCCGGGAGGAGAGACUACAGGGACCCGGGGUUCAGGAGUGGCUCGACGGAUCCAGAUAUGAGGGAGAAUUUGUGAAUGGAUUGAAACACGGCAAAGGGAGGUACACCUGGGUAAAUGGAGAGUUCUACGAGGGCUUUUUCUACAAAGACUACAAGCAUGGCGAUGGACUGUACCGCUGGCCCACAGGGCACAAGUUCACUGGCAAGUUUUACCUGAACAGGAAAGAAGGAUACGGACGACAAAUGUUUCCUGAUGGAGCCACCUUUCAGGGUUUGUACCAUGCAGAUCUAAAGUUUGGUCCAGGUGUGCUUAGUGAUCCAGACGGUUGUGAGGAUGUGGGUCUGUGGAUCGGGGAGCGACUUUUUAAGUUGUGUAAUCCAGUCGAAGAUGGUUUUAGCCUGAAGGUUCUUUCUGGAUAUGCCACCUUCCUGGACCAAGACUUCGACACAGAUUCCCUCACUCAGCCUCCUAGUUAUCCACAAACAGAAGCAAAGACAGACUGUAAGGUCGAAAAUGAAAAAGAUCGUCUGCCAGAGGAGAUUUUUAUCCUUCCCCCAGAAAUUGAGAUUUACUCAACAGAUGGCGACCACUUGCCGUUGCCCCCUGGCAGAAGAAGAGAGUUGGAUCAACACUUUUACGGCGAACUGUGGGAACCCGAGGCCUACCCACACCAAGGCUAUAAGCGAGACCCACUCUCCACUCUGCCCUUACAGACUCGCAUGCAGGUUCACAUACACAAACACAGACUGCAGGCCAAAAAUGUGGACUGGGAUGUGGCAGCUGUUCUCUCUUUGAACAGAGAAAGUUUUGGUCCUAAAGGGCAUCUGGAAGCGAGCUCAAAGUCGUUGAUCCAGCAGGCCUCCAGAGGGGAUCUACAAGCUGUGCUGCAGAUCCUCCAGACGGGAUUGGUGCAUCCUGAUGUAGCAGACUCACAGGGGCACACCGCACUGAUCGCUGCCACAGUUAACUGCCAUAAUAAUGUGAUCCACCUGUUGCUGGAUAUGGGUGCUGAUAUUGACAAGAUGAAUUGUGAAGGCAUGUCGGCCCUGGCUGUGUGCCAUGUCCUCUACUAUCCUUUCCAGUCUCUGCAUACCCCCUUUGCUAAAUCCCCUAAAGCAACACAAGUAAGACUCUACUCAAUUCCUAAAACCAGCCAAGUGGACUUCACUACAAAUACAGUCGGGAUUAACAACAGACCUCAGACCACUGGCACAACCCUGAACAAUGAAACAAACCAGAGUCUCCUCUCUGAACGCCUUAACAUAGCCAACGACCCCGAGCUCAUGCCUGAGUUGAAUGAGCCUGCGACCCCUGCAGACACUAAAGAUCUUAAUAAAGAAGAGAGCAAGGGAAAAGAAGAGGAAGAGCAAAGAGGGAAUCAGAGCAGAUGUGAUCUGAGAAGAGGAAUUUACAAAAGCGAGUUCAGAGGGAUUGAAAGAGAAAUCUGUGAGAGAAAUAAGGACGAGGAAGAUUCUGAGCUCUACAAAAACGAAGAACUGACCUCUGACUCUACCUGCUCAGUCAGCACCCAGGUUAGGGGUGAACUGAUGGAGCACUCAACAGAGCCACUGAGUCCUAUCGGGAUCCCUCAGCACUCUGAGACACAGGAUAUUGUCUGCAAAAGCGCGACAAGGAAAAUUCAGAACCGAGUUCGUUUGAACACCCUGAAGCUCUUAUUGGAACGGGGAGCUGACCCCAAUGCGUGCAGGGUUCCCAUGCCUGUCCUCUUUUUAGCCAUUAUGGCGUCUGACACUGAGGCCGUCAGGAGACUGCUGCUAUGUGGAGCUAGCACAGACGUUCCCCUCCCAGAUGAGAGGAAAGGCCUUUAUCCACUGCAUGUAGCUGUAACGCUGCCAGGUCCAGCAGGUCCCAAGAUCACAGAGUUGCUCCUCCAUGCGGUCGCUGACCCAGACGCACAAGCAGCUGACAAAGAUGAGAUCUAUGGACCAGAUAAGGUUUUCACACAGACUUUUUUUUUCUCAAUGAAGGAUGACAAACCACUGAGCACCAACGAGAACCUUCUAAAAGCUGGAGGCAGAACGGCCCUGCAUGUGGCCUGCCAGAGAGAAAGUGACUACAGGAAUGCCAGUAGAAUAGUCGCCCUCCUGCUCGCCCAUGGAGCCAGCACAGACCUCCUCUGGAGUGGACACUCACCUCUCUCUUUGGCUAUAGUAUCUGGAAAUUACCUGGUAGUGGAGGAGCUGUUGAAAGGUGGAGCAAAUCCCAACCUACUUCUCGGCCGCAGGGUGGGCAGCGCCCUCUGUGCGCUCCUCAACUUUAACUACCACUUAGGUGGCAACAGAGCCAAGCUGUUGGAUAUAUUAUUUAAGGGGGGCGCUGACAUCUUGAUGCAAGUGAAGGUGGGCAGAGUUGUGGGAAACGCAGUGGACUAUGCACACUACUCCUUCAACCAGGACUUGCGUAUUGCCCACACUCCAUUCCACGCUUUGAACAUGCGGGAGAGGGAAACAUUCAAAGCACGGCGCCAGCUGCUGAGCAUGAUGGGAGAUCUGCAUAGACAAAGUGCUUGCCAGAGGCAGCGUGAGAUUUCAGAGCGAGAACAAACGCUCAAGUUGAAAAGUCAGAAUCCAGAAUAUAAGUUCUGCUAUCACUGCGGCCGCUCUGUGUCCGUGAAGCUGACCGCCUGCAGCCUCUGCCACAAGGUCUUCUACUGCUCCAGGAACUGCAAAGUGAAAGCAUGGGACGAACGACACAAGAAGGAGUGUAACCGAGAGUCAGCAUCUGCUGAUGGCAUUCAGAGGAGUGUUGUGUUUAAAUCACAAGGAGGCCCCAGGCCCUUGACUGCCGUCUUGAAACCAAAAGCAGUCCCCAGGCCGCUGGUUGUGGAGUUGAAAUCCCAAAGACAUCCUGAGCUGUUAAUCAAGGCUGAGGUCCAAAGCAACCUGAAGGAAAACUACAGCCACAACUGAUGGACACUAUAACUUUGCACUUUUCAUAACAGCUUAAGUACAACUUUAUCUACCUUAUAUACUAACACAUCCUUUGUGAUGCUCAGUACUAAAGUUAUAUAUUUAUAUACCUGUAUGAUGACAGUAUU